AUGAGUUUACAAGUUAAAGAGAUCUUGUGUCAUGAGACAUCUAAAUAUCAAGAUGUUUUAAUAUUUAAAUCUGAGACAUAUGGAAAUGUACUGGUCUUGGAUGGUGUAAUACAGUGUACUGAACGUGAUGAAUUUGCUUAUCAAGAAUUGAUUACGCAUAUUCCAAUGACUUGUCACCCUAAUCCUAAAAAGGUUUUGGUGAUUGGUGGAGGUGACGGAGGCGUUAUUCGUGAAAUUGUAAAACAUGAUUCAGUUGAAGAAGUUACAUUAUGUGAGAUUGAUGAGGCAGUAAUUAGAUUAUCCAAGAAGUAUCUUCCAGAUAUGGCAGUUGGAUUUUCUCAUCCAAGGGUUACUAUUCAUAUUGGCGAUGGAUUUCCUUAUCUAAAAGACAAACAAAAUACUUUUGACGUCAUCAUUACUGAUUCCUCUGACCCUGUUGCAGAAUCAUUAUUUCAAGCAGAAUAUUUUGGGUUAUUGAAAAAUGCAUUGCGUGAAUGUCAAUGGCUUCAUCUUCCAUUAAUCUCUGAAGUUCAGGGAUAUUGUAGAUCAGUAUUUAAAGUAGUUGAUUAUGCAUUCACCACGAUUCCCACAUAUCCUUCUGGUCAAAUUGGUUUCAUCUUAUGUGGAAGAGAUGAUAACGUUGAUUUUAGAAAACCAAUUAGAACUUGGUCAGAAGAAGAAGAAGCCAAGUUAUUUAAGUAUUAUAAUUCAGAAAUUCAUAAAGCUGCUUUUGUCUUGCCUCAAUUUACUAAAAAUUUUUUGAAAAGUGCUGAUGAUAGGAUGAAAUAUCUAUAG